AUGGCUCAUAAGGCCGAGGAGAUCCAAGGGUACGCAGAUUGCAACGAAUGGAAGAACUUCUUCGCCGCCCUCAAGGCUGUCUACGGUCCCCGCCAUAGUGAUUGCUCCUCUUCUCAGCGUCGAUGGCAGUACCCUACUCACUGAGAUGUUACAAAUGCUUCAGCGAUGGGCUGAGCACUUCAGAGACGUCCUCAACCGCCCCUCCAACAUCGCCGAGGUCACCAUCGCCCGUCUUCCUUAAGUGGAGAUCUACGCCUACCUCGAUUUCCCGCGCUCUCUCCACGAAACCAUCAGUGCCGUGCAGCAGAUCUCCAGUGGGAAGCGUUCGGAUCGGACACGAUCCCUGCUGAGAUCCACAAAGACGGUGGUUACGCAUCAACAUCCGCCCGUCGCUGCCUACGUCUCGCGCCAAAUAAACGUGAACGGAACCCAACUGCAAGUGGUGGACAACUUCACCUAUCCGGGCGGCACCCUGUCCUGCAGUACUAAUGUCGACGACAAGGUUUUCCCCAGGAUUUCCAAGAUCAUCCAAGACUUCGUUCGUCUUCAAAACACAGUUUGGAAUCGUCACGGUCUUCAACUCAGCGCGAAUCUGAAGAUGCGCGUGGCCGUCCUCUUACCAACGUUGCUGUAUGGAGCAGAGACCUGGACGGUGUACAUGAAUUUGGCACGUGGACUUAACCACUUCCACCUAAGCUGUCUCCGACGGAUACAGAAGCUGGGGUGGCAGGACCGAAUCCCCGACAGUGAUGUACUGGAACGGACGGGAAUCCUCAGCAUCUAA